AUGCGGGAGUUGAUACCAGAGAAAACUUUGAAACAACUCCGGGACAAAAGGGCCCAAAAAUGCUACAAAGAACGGCGUGAAAGGUACCUCGCAGAAAGAGGGAUCACAGCGAGCGCUAGUACUGAUGAUGACAGUACAGAACCAGUAUCCACAGACACAGGGGAUGGUAGAGCUACCGUCCCCCAAGAAGAAGCGCCCGAAACCAACAGCUGCGAGGAAGCGGGAGUAGGGGGUGGCUCCCCUAUCCCAGUCCCGGAGCUACUCGACGUAUCAGCAGUAGCUGCCAUUGCAGGGGGUGAAAAUAACGUUAAUAAUAUCACCCCCACCGCCGAAAACAUAAGUCCGACUCAGACGCCUGACAUGUCAGAGAGGGUACUGAAUGUCAGUGAGAUGAGUUGGUAUCGCCAGCAGCUUCUCCAGAAGAGACACUUUGGAGACAGGAUGUUGCUCAGACUGCCCGUAGCUGCAAGUUGA